AAACAAACGCAAUCGCGAAGCAUCGAAUCGGAUCAGAGUUUUGGGGAGAAAAGACAGACAGAGAGGAAAUCGCCGUCGCCUUCCACCUCGCCGGCGAUGCAGCACGGGAGCGGCGACUACGCCUCCCCCGCCCCCGCGGGCCACUACUACCCUCACCAGUACGCGCCGCCGGGGCCGCCCCCCCACCCCCCCGCCGCCGACCCCCCGAUCCCGGGGGGCUACGCCUCCGCGCCGCCCUACUCCGUCGGCGGCUACCCCGAGCAGCCGCCAUCCGCCCCGUCCUACACGCAGCCGCCCCAGUACGCCGGGUACCCGCCCUACAACCCCACGCCCUACCCGCCUGAACCCUCGCCGGCGCCGUACUACAGCUACUCGCAGCCGACCCAGCCGGUUCCCGCAGCGGAACCCAGCCCAGCGCCUCUUCCCUAUGACGCCCCGUACUACGGCGGAGGCUACCAGCAGCCCGCCGCUGGGUAUGGCGACGACGAUUACCUGAACGAGGGCGCGUAUGCCUAUACCGGCGACGCAGGCCCCGAGCCGUACGGCGCGCGGGGCACGGCGCCGACCCGGUCAGGAGCCGCGAUGUUUGAUGACUACGGGCGGUCGAUUGGACUCUCGUCCGGAGGGACGGAGCAGCCACACGGCGGCGGGGGCGGCAGUGUGGGUGGGAGCUUUGGGAAGAUUGCAAGGGCUGUUCCAAAAGCAGAAACCCAUGAGGAUGCUAGUGGUGGUGCGCAGAAAUUUCGGGUUAAGCUGCUGCCAGAGGGUGCUGGAAGCCCUACCGAUGUGCUUUGCCAGGUUGGUCUGGAUGGAAUCCGCAUGCUUGAUCCCAGCACAAGCAGGAUCCUAAGGAUUUAUCCCCUUGAUACACUGACGAAAUGGGAGGUUUUGGAUUCAACUGUAUUUGCGAUUUGGGCAAAGACUUCGGUGGAUUUUGAAGCAAAGAGAAUAAGGCUGAAGUCAAACAGCUAUACUUCCAAUACUUUGCUUGACACUGUAACAGCAGCAACAGUCCAGUUUAAGGAGAUCGGUGAAGAUGCAAGAGCCAAAGGACCGGUAGACGCUAGCAAAUCCUCAAUACAAUCAAAUGAGAAGAAAAAAGGUUUUGAUUGGAUGUUUGCGAAACCUGUUGAUGAAGUGAAAGAUCAUUGGGUUCCAGAUGAGGCUGCUAAGAAAUGCCAGUCUUGUGCUGGUGAUUUCAGUCAUUUCAACCGCAGGCAUCAUUGUAGGAACUGUGGCGAGAUCUUCUGUGAUAAAUGCAGCCAAGGAAGAAUUGCUCUGACAGCUGAAGAUAAUGCUCCACUUGUCCGAGUUUGCGAUAGAUGCAUGGCAGAGGUUUCUCAGAGGCUUAGUAUGGCACAGGAAGCUGCAAACAGAUCUACCACAGUGCAAAGUCAUGGAGAUCUUGCAAAAAAACUGAAGCUUAUAAGCGAUUCAAAGUCGCUAGAACGAAGUGAUGGAAGCUCAAGGGGGAGGCAUAUUAGGCUUUCGAGGAGAGGGUUAUUGAGGAGGGCUCUUGGGAGGAAGGAGGAGGAACUGGAGAGGAAUCGCAAGUCUUCAGGGACGGCGUCUGGAGGUGCAUCUGGAGCAAGAAUGCGGGAAGUUGCGUGCCCUACCUGCACAGUCCAUCUUCAGCUUGGAUCCAUCAUCGAGGACGAGAAGCGUUCCCCUCCAAGCUUCUUAUAUCAUCAGCAAUUAAUGGCCACCGGAGGUAUGACCCUGAAGAGCCUACCGAACGAGCUACCAUUAGACUUCUUGAACAAAAUCACAAAGAACUUCUCCGAUGAGCUACUGCUCGGUCAGGGCGCGUUCGGGUCAGUUUAUAAGGGGAUCCUGGACGAUGGUGGAGUGGUUGCUGUGAAGAAGCUCGCGGAAAAUUCGCCUGUACCACGUGACACAAUAUUCGCGAAUGAGGUUCAGAAUAUUAUGGUGCUCGAGCAUGAAAAUAUCGUCAAGUUGGUUGCCUACUGCCGGGAAGCACAAAACAAAUUGGUGCAGAGCAACGGACGAUAUAUUAUCGCAGAGAUCACUGACACUGUACUCUGCUAUGAAUACUUGCCUAAGGGGAGCCUUCACAAGAAUCUUUUUGGUGAAUCCAGUAGCAUUGAUUGGGAUAUGCGCUUUAAAAUAAUAAAGGGGAUAUGUGAGGGUAUACAUUUUCUACAUACCUUGCCUAGUCCCGUUCUCCAUUUGGGUCUGAAGCCUCAAAAUAUACUAUUGGGUGACAACAUGACACCGAAAAUUGCGGAUUUUGGUUUCUCCAGAAUGUUCGGCCAAGAUCAAACCCGAAAGAACACACGAAGUGUCGUGGGAUCGAUUGGGUACAUGGCCCCGGAGUAUCUGUACAAUGGCGAAAUCUCGGCUCGGUCAAACAUAUAUAGUUUAGGCCUAAUCAUAAUGGAGAUAUCCACGAGAGAGAUGAAUAGUUCUAGCACUGACCAGAAGCAUGCAAGGAAAUAUAUUGAUGGAGUAAAAGAAAAUUGGACACUGGAGAAAAUAAUGUCUGAGUACAUUGAGUUAGAAGAACAUGGUUUCGAUCAAGUAGAAGCAUGUAUCAAUAUUGGUCUACAGUGUGUAGAGAUUGAUCAGAAGAAGAGACCUUCCAUAGAGAACAUUGUCAAUAUGCUCAAUAAGCUUCCAGUGAGCGAGGAGGUCACCCAUUCCAUGUGAGCACAAAACUUCCCACUUUACUGUGAGAGAUGUCGAGAAAUGUCGAACGUCAAGUAAAACAAGAUCAAUGCUACAAAAGUGGAUGAUGAAACCAAUAUUUGCAUUCAAUAAAGCAAGCCAUGGCGCCCUUUUCUAAAAAAAGGUAUUAAUGAAAAGUGUGUUGUGGGAACAUGACCCAUUGAUAUCACACAAUUGCAAAUAUAUUUAGUUUUACUUCCUUUGGAGAUUUCUGUACCAAAAAGUUUUUUCACAACCAUGGCAUGGAUUUGAAUUUGUAUUAACCAAAUUUGUAAUGUGAUAGACCAAAAACAUAAUUUAGAUGCA